AUGUCUUCCCAUUUACCCAUAGGUACAGGGAAAGACAACGCCAUUAUUCGGGCUUAUCGGAAAAUUCCCUUUUCUGGUGUUCAUCCCAUCCCAACAGAAUUACAAAGGAUCAUAGAUGAGAGUGACAAACCGAAGAGGGGAAGAAAAAGGAAAGCAAAAGAUGCUACUUCAGAAAGCAUCAAAUUUCCAAAGAGGGCAAAGAAACCAGUUCAAAUACCAAGAUCUCCUUCUCUGAUCAUUCAAGAAGAAUCCGAAGAGAAAACGGUAACAGAAGUUCAGGAGGAUAAUACACUCCGAAAUGAAGAGGAUGAUACAACUGAAACUUCCGAACCCGCUACCACUGAAAAUAUUCCGAAGGAGGUGGAUUAUGGCAGUGGAGGUUGGGUUGGGCCCGUUUACUCAUUGGGUGUGGACCGUUAUGUUAGACGUGGCCUGUUAUGUACGGUUGGCUGGGCUUGUUAUGUGAGUUGGGCUAGGCCCGUGAACUCUUGGAUUGGUCCCGUUACAUAA